AUGACAAUCGCGGUCCUGGCCACCACCACGACCAAAACAAAGCGUCGCGAACCGCUGGGGACGAUCACAAUGGCCGCCCCAAAGACACAAUCGCGCUCCGCGGCAUCCAACGGAGCUUCCAAAAGUACUGGGCGACGGACGACGCGACUGAGCGCAAGCCAACAAGGGCUAGAAGAGAUCACGCACAAACGCAAACCUGAUUACGAGCAGGAUGAUGAUGGGUUCGAGUUUUCUCGUGUACCUUCUAAGAAGCCUAGGCCGUCAAUUGAAGCGAUUCCUGAAAACCCCGGAUCCGAUGCGGAAAACGUGCAAAAGCCCACACCAAAGCGAGGACGCCCGAAGAAGAAGCCCACGAGCGGCACAACCUCGAGCUCAAUACCAGCGAAAGCGAGCCCUGCAGAGCUUCCAACUAGGCAAUCGACAAGGAGCGGCGAGAAUCGUGCACAACCAGAACCUCCAGCGAAAACGUCUCGCCCACGAGCCCGCGAAAGCUCGGAGGGUAUACCCGAAGCGAAGAAGUCGAGGAAAGGACGGCCACCGAAAGCAAAAGCUCCCGAGCCUAAUGGAUAUAAGUCACCAGAGCAACCACCUGCGGGGACGAAGGUGGCGCUUCCCAUGGCCGAUACACCUGUGAUUCAGCGCAAUAAGGAGUUGAGAGGCGGAAAGGGUAACAAGGGCAAGCGAAGGAGCAGUUUAAGCAUGCGAGGACGAAGAGCCAGUUCUUUAAUAGACUCGGGGGCAUCGAAUGCAUUACCCCACCGAGAGGUUGGCACUGCGGAUUUCUUCAAACACAUUGCCGAUGACGGGCUUCCCGAGCCGCGGAGGAUGCGACAACUCCUGAUCUGGUGUGCUACGCGCGCUAUAGGAGAGAAGCCCAAAGGAGGGUCAGAUCCCGACGAGCAAAGUGCUCGAUUGGCAGCACGUCAAAUUCAAGAAGAGAUCCUCCGCGAGUUUUCGAAUAAUUCAGAACUUUCGAAUUGGUUCAGCCGUGAGGAUAUCAACCCCCCAGCCGUGGUGGUGAAGAAGCCGAAUCCGCGCAAUGUGCAGAACACAGAAAAGAUUAAAGAGCUGGAAGAGCAUAUACAAAAGCUACAAAGAGAACGGCAAUCUCUUAAUGCGCUUUCUCGACAGCCAGCAAUCCCCAGUAUCGCACCGGAGCCACAAUCCGAUCCACACACGACUACACAACCGCGCAGGUCACAACGCGAAGAAGUCGACUCCUCUCUCCUCGAUCCCUCCCAACAAGCUAUUCUCAAAACUCUCAGUCCACCGACACAGCCGUCAGAGGAAGACUCCUCAACAACAACCCGGCCGCCAAUGUCACCAUCUGCCGUCUCUGCCCAAUUAUCGCGUAUUACAUCCAGCCUAGCACCAACCCUAGAUGCGUUCGCAGCGGGAGUUCAUGACAUCGAACUUUAUCGAGCAUCUGCAGACACAGUUUCGUCACGAAUACUUCGCAUUUGCGCACAACGUCUCGAAGAGCGCGAUGCCCAAAAUACUCAGCGCCGCCAUGCAAUCGAGGGCACAGAAGGUGAGAGCCCGCCUCGACUCAAGGAAGAUUUGGGCCUUAUCCUGGGCGCACUCAGUCGGGUGGAAAGAAGAUAG